UUUUUCAACGACUUGGUCAAACAGAAAGCGCGAGUCACUUCCACAAAAAAAUAAAAAUAAAAAUAAAAAUAAAAAAUUACGAGAGCAUUUCAAGGCCCUCUUCAAUCUCAACCAACCAAAAUUAUCAUCCUCUCCAAAUCAACAAUCAUCAUCAUCAUCAUCAUCAUCCUUAUAACCUUAUUAUUUCCACUGCAAUCCCUCCUUAUUUUCCUUUUUUGGAGUUAUCAGAAUCGAAAAUGCCAAGCAAACUUAGGAAGGCAAUCGGAGCAGUAAAAGAUCAAACAAGUAUCAGCCUCGCCAAGGUCGCAAGCAACAAUGCCGUCAACCUUGAGGUCACGAUUCUCAAAGCUACCUCCCAUGACGCUGUUCCAAUCGACGAUCGCUACGUCAACGAGAUCCUCCAACUUAUCGCUUCCAACAAAACCUACGCCGCUGCUUGUGCCCAAUCCAUUGGCAAAAGGAUCGGCAAGACUAAAAACUGGAUCGUCGCUCUCAAAUCUCUAAUGCUCGUCCUCCGAAUCUUCCAAGAUGGCGAUCCUUAUUUCCCUCGUGAAGUCCUCCACGCCAUGAAACGCGGCUCCAAAAUUCUUAACCUCGCGAAUUUCCGCGACGAUUCCAAUUCUAGCCCUUGGGAUUACACUGCGUUUGUGAGGACGUUUGCUCUUUAUCUGGAUGAACGGUUGGAUUGCUUUCUAACGGGGAAGCUUCAACGUCGUUUCACGCAUAAGGAAAAAGAGAAGAAGAAGCAGAAAAACCAGCGAGAAAAUGAACCGGUCACGGAUAUGAAACCGGCAAUGUUGCUCGAUAGGCUUUCGUAUUGGCAGAAAUUGCUCGAUAGAGCAAUCGCUACCAAACCCACCGGAACGGCCAAAACGAACCGUUUGAUCCUGAUUUCUCUGUAUGCGAUCAUUCAGGAGACGUUUGAUUUGUACAGAGAUAUUUCUGAUGGAUUGGCACUUCUUUUGGAUAGUUUCUUCCAUUUGCAAUAUCAAUCUUGCGUCAAUGCAUUUCAAGCUUGUGUAAGAGCAUCCAAACAGUUCGAAGAGCUUUCAGGUUUCUUCAAUCUGUGUAAGAGUCUUGGUGUUGGGAGGACAUCUGAAUAUCCUAGCGUCCAAAAAAUCUCUGAUGAGCUUAUUGAAACUCUGCAAGAGUUCUUAAAAGAUCAAGCUUCGUUUCCUGGUCGAUCACCUACGCAAUCGCCUCUACCUGCUUUGACGCCCAAGGAUUUCGGAUCCACAUCUGAGAAAGGCGAGGGCUAUGAGAUAUCGGAAACAGUGUCGGAGGCCUGUUCCAGAUGCACGUCGUUGGAGGAUUUGAUGAGUGCGACAGGAACGAGUCCUUCGAGGUCGGUGGAAGAGAUUUACUCGGAGAAAUUGGAGAAACAGCAAGAAAUUGAACCGGAUUUGACCGUUGCCGGUGGUGACGAUUCGAAAUCAGAAAUGGAAACUGCAUUUCCGGUUGAUCAAUCGAGGAAUUCCGAUUUCGAUUUCUUGUCGUUCGAUGAGUGGCCGAUUCCUGAUCAGGAACAGAAAGAGGAAAAGGGGAAAGAAACGACAACGGGAAUGGAAGAAGAUGUUGCGAGAAACGGUUGGGAGCUUGUGCUGGUUGAGACGGCUUUGCAACCGGAAACGAGUAUCAGAUUCCAGUCCGGCUUCCCUGAAAAUCUGUUUGAUCAAUCUUUCAUGGCUCAAAGCCAGUACAAUCCCUUCCUACAAGACUCUGUUGAUACUCCAGGUGUUUCGACGGUAAUUCCGGCAUCGUCGUCGUCGGUCGCCAAUUCCAACGGACUAGGAGGUUUCUUCGGCAACGAUUGGUUUGCGUUCUCUUUCACUCCUCAGUCAUCUUCGCCUUCCUUCUCUGCUCAGAAUUCUAAGGAGAUUUCAAUGGAGCCGACCUUCUCUGCACAGAGUCACAACGCCUUCACACAGAACUCAAGUGAGACGACCACCAAGACAUCGCCAUUUUCCGCUCAGAAUUCUAUGGAGGUGAAGAAUACGGUGCCCGACUUUUUUUCACAUAACUCAACGGAGACGAGGACUACGGUGCCAGAUUUCUUUUCGCAGAAUUCUAGUGAAGCAACAACAACCAUGGCGCCGACCUUCUUUGCACAAGAUUCGAGAGAGACGACAGCCAAGGCUCCAUCUUUCUUCGCAGAGAAUGAAACGACGACUGUGGAGCCCACAUUCUUCGCUCAAAAUUCCAAAGAGACGACGACCAUGGCUUCAUCUUUCUUUGCACAAAAUGAGACAUCGACGUCAACAACGACGCCUACAUUUGUGGGCCAGAAUUCCGGUGAGUCGAAAGCCAUGUCGGUGACAUUGUUUGGAGAAAAUCACAAUGAGAUAUCAUCGGCGGCACCAAAAUUCAGCAGUGCACAGAGUAGCAAUGAGGCAUCAAUAGCGCCGACAUUCUGUGCAUGGAAUCCAAAGGAGAUGACUGCGUCUGCAUCUGCAUCGCCAACGUUCUACGCGCAGAAUCCAAUGAAGACAACAACAACGACGACGAUGGGGUUAUUCAAUGAAAAUGAUCCGUUUAGAGAAUCAUUUCCGGUGACACAUGAACAAAUGUACAGUGGGUCAGGGAAUAAUCAGCAAAGUUUGGUACAUCAACAACAGUUGUGGUUGGAGAACCAAACUAAGAUUAUUGCCAAGCAUAUGGGUAGUUGAUAUUCGUUGAUGAAAAAACUAGAGUUGUUUUUUCUUAGCUGAAUGUACAUCCAUCCAUGCACCUUUGUACAUAUAUAUAUAUAUAUUUAUCUAAAGUGACAUUCAUGUAAUUGUCCAUGCAAAAAAUAGUUCCC